AUGCAAGCCAUCCGCAUAAAACCAGCACCAGAAACCGAAACCCCCUACUCCCCAACAAACCCAGCCCCAUCAAAAUGCUUAACAAACGACAAAAUCCCAAUCCCAAGACCUAAAUCCCCAACCGACCUCCUAAUCAAAAUAAAAGCAACAACAAUAAUAAGAGACAUGCUCACCUGGCCCGAAUAUUACCACCAACAAUAUACAAUCCCGGGCCACGAUUUCUCAGGUACAGUGGCAGCCGUUUUCGAAAGUGACAGCAGUACGUCCUCAUCUCCCUCCCCACCCCACAAUUUCAUAAUCGGAGACGAAGUCUUCGGCAUGGCAAAUACAAACCGUGCCUCGACAUGGGCUGAAUACGCCAUCGUCUCUGUUGACGAGGUUGCGCGCAAACCGCGUACGUUGGGAUGGGAGGAGGCGGCUGCUUUGCCGCUUAGUGCGUUGACAGCUUAUGAGGCACUUUUCCGGCAUGCGGGUAUUCCCGUGCCGAUUGUUGGAUCUGGGAAGGAAAGGAAUGUGUCUUCUAAGCGUGUGUUGAUUACCGGGGCUUCUGGUGGGGUGGGGAUUUAUCUGGUACAGCUUGCUGCCAGUGCUGGUGUGCAUGUCGUUGCGGCUAGUAGUUCGAAUGUGCGGAAUGGCGAGUUUUUGCGUGGGUUGGGGGCUGGUGAGGUUGUUGAAUAUGGGGAUCUUGAGGGUGUGAAUGGGGCGUUUGAUGUUAUUGUUGACUGUGUGGGUGGUGAGGUGCUUUCUAAGUGCUGGGGGUUCGUUAAGGGAGAUGGGGUGUUGAUAUCGGUUGAUUCUGCGAGUUUUGAUUUCGUUGCUGAGCAUCAGAAGCGUGGAUUGUGUGACGGGAAGGAGGGUGUUAAGGCGCUUUUCUUUAUUGUUGAGGGGGAUGGGGAGGUUUUGAGUGCGUUGGCUGCUUUGGCUGAGUCUGGUGCCUUGCGCUCUUUCGUUGCUGCUACCUUUCCUAUUGAGUCUGUUAGGGAGGCUUAUGAUUUUGCUAAUGGGAGAUUUGAGGGUCGCGGGAAGGUUGUGCUUACUGUUUGA